AGACCGACGGGCGAGCGCCAUUGUGUGUUUCGCAGGCACUUCUAGCGAAACACCGCGGGAAACCCCGUCGGGGACAGCGCCCAUCUUCUGUUUUAUUUGCAACCUCUGGAGCCCACUGGAGGCUUCGUUAGUGGCUCCACUUCUACAGACCCGGGAGAAGGUGUGUAGUCGUGGCUCCGGAUCCUGAGGAAAACUUUGCGUUCUAGAUGGAGAACACAUUUUAAGAAAACCAACCGCAUUCUGGAUUACAGAACAUCAGCUUCCCCCUAUCGGUUAGACGGGAACCUGUCUUGUAGGCUUAUUUUCCCCAGUGUUCUGCCUACUCUCCUGAGACCUUUGAGGACAGUAUGGCUUCCACGCUUCCAACAACCUGGCCCCAGGAAUCUGUGAAGUUUGAAGAUGUAUCACUGACAUUUACCAAGGAAGAGUGGGCACAGCUAGACCUCCAACAGAAGUGCCUGUACAGGGAGAUCAUGAUGGAGAACUACAGUAACGUGAUUUCAGUGGAGCGUCACUUUUCCAAGCCACAUGUGAUAUCUCAGUUAGAAGAAGCAGAGGACUGUUGGCCAAUGCAGAGACAGACUCCUCAAGAUAAUCUUCCAGAAUGUUCUGGGCCUUCUCCAUACCCUGGAAUGAAUUCCUUUCCUGCCGAGAGUCCUCUGAUGAAGAUCAAGGUUGUUGAGGUCCUUACAUUGAAUAAGGAUGUGGCUGGUCCCCGGAAUGCCCUGAUUCAAUCUCUCUAUCCAGAAAGUGGAGAAGAUUUGAACCCAGGUAACCGCAAGCCAGCUAAACAACCAAGCAAGCGUUUGAAUGACACUGAAGCUUCUCGAAAGAAGUUCCGACAAUUCCAGUAUGAAGAGUCAGCUGGUCCCCAGAAGGCUGUGUCCCGGCUUCAUAAGUUGUGUCACCAGUGGCUGCAGCCUAAUACACGUUCAAAGAAGCAGAUCCUAGAGUUGCUGGUGCUCGAGCAGUUCCUGAGUGCACUGCCUGAGAAGUUGCGGGUGUGGGUAGAAUCCCAUCACCCAGAAGAUUGCAAAGCAGCGGUGUCUUUGUUGGAGAAUAUGGCCUCGGUGUCUAAGGAUGAUGCUCUGCUUGCCUGCUCUAGUGAGGCCACUGAUCAACUAAAGGAGAAAAGGGAGGAUGUGGCCACCUUACCGGUUACUGUACCACCUGAGGAGCCGGUGACUUUCCAGGAUGUGGCUGUGGACUUCAGUCAGGAGGAGUGGCGGCUACUAGGUCCGAUGCAGAGGACCGAGUAUCAUGAUGUGAUGCUAGAGACCUUGGGCAACUUGGUCUCUGUGGGGUGGGAGCCUACACUGGGAAACAAAGAGUUAACUUUAGACUCUCAUAUUCCUGUGGUAAAACCAAUUCAUGACCCAACCCCAAAAGAUCUCUCAAGGAAUGGUACCCAGUCCACUGUCUUUGAAACUAUCUCACAAAAUGGAGUCCCAGAAAUGCACACCAUAGAAUCAAAUCAAGUGGGGCUUCUACAGGAAAAAGGCCAACCUCAGGAGAAGUUCUCUGAAAGCUCCAAGGCUCAGGACGGAACUACUCUUAACAAAAGCCAGGGCUCACUCAAUGAAGUUCUUCCCAGCAAGCAUGUAAAAGUUAAACGGAAGGGCACAAGAAAGGGGAAAUGCAGGAAAACCACCAUUUCCAUGACACGAGGUUUACGCAUAAGAAAUAAGCAAAAGGACUCUGUGGAGUGGCAAGACAAGAGUAGCAGCAAUCCUGUGACACAUGAGUCCUCUAUAGCAAAACACCAACAGGGUUCUGAGCAGGGAGAAGCUGCAGCCAGCAGAGAUCCCAUUACACUUACUGUGCCUGCAAAUUUUUACCAGAAAAACACUGGCUCUGAAGAGAUUAAAUUCAAGGACAGUAGCAAUGCCAUGGUACCUGAUGCACCUACAAACAUUGACCAGAAAGGCCCUGAAUUGCAUAAAGUUGGGAAAAGUAACAAUUCCAUGUCACAAGGUUCAUCUGUACAAAAUCACCAGAUGGGGUCUGUGGCAGGAACAGCCAGGGAUAACAGUAUCUUGACACAUGCUUUACCUGUAAAACUUCACCAGAAAGGCUAUGAAGGAGGUAAAGUCCAAGGAAAUAGGAAUUCCUUGAAACAUGGAAAACCUCACCAGAAGGGUUCUAAAAGGCAAAAGGUCAGGGAAGUUAGCACUUCUGAAAAACAUGUUCCCUAUAUAAAAAAUCACCUCAAGACCUCUGAAAGAGGAAAAGGCAGGGAAAUCAAUGCUUCCAUAAACUGUGGUCCCUAUAUAAAAACUUACUAUAAGGGUUCCGAAGUGAGAAAGCUCAGGAGAGCAAACAAUUGUGGGAAAGGCAUCAACCGGCAUGCUCAGCAGAUAUUCUUUAUAAAAAUUCACAAAGGAAGCCAAGUUUGCCGAUGCAGUGAAUGUGGCAAAAUGUUCCGAAAUGCUAGGUAUUUCUCUGUCCACAAGAAGAUCCACACAGGAGAGCGGCCUUACAUGUGUAUGGCCUGCGGGAAAGCAUUUGUUCAGAGCUCCUCCCUCACACAGCAUAUUAGAAUUCAUAGUGGGGAGAGACCAUUUGAGUGUUCAGAGUGUGGGAGGACCUUCAAUGACCGCUCAGCCAUCUCUCAGCACCUGAGAACUCAUACAGGAGCUAAGCCCUACCACUGUCAGCACUGUGGGAAAGCUUUCCGUCAGAGUUCCCACCUUACCAGGCAUGAGAGAACUCAUACUGGGGAGCGCCCAUAUGUGUGCACCAGUUGUGGGAAGGCCUUCACACAGAGCUCACACCUUAUUGGGCAUCAGAAAACACACGGGAUAAAGUUCAAGAAGCAGCCCAAAUUGUAGCCUUUGUGCCUUUCAAAGCUUUCAAAGCACUAUUUUUUUAGCCAUGAAAUGUGCUAUGUAAACACUUAGUAUGAUAGAUAGAAUUUGAAUAAGGAGAGCCUUAAGGAUACCUUAAGCUGUCACCUUAAGGACAGCUAAGGACACCACCCAGCAAGCACUGAGUGAAAGCAUCUGGGAGUUCUUAAUUGCUUCAUUUAUCCUCAAAAGGAAAUAAAAGAUCUGAAAAUGCUUUUAAGUUUAAAAAGCCAAGGACCAACAAUUGCACUGAUUUCCAUACAGGGUAGUGUGUGAAUGACAAAAACUAAACGUAUGCAGAUAAACUAUUAUAUUUGUGUGGAACUUUUUUUCUGCUCUAAUAGCUGUUUUUCAUUAUCAAUUUGACUACAUCUGGAAUUAACCUAAACACUAGCAGCUGAGUAUACCAUUGAGGAAUUUUUUUUCUUAACUAGAUCAUUUAAAAUGGGCAAACACACUUUUAAUCUGAGUUGCACCUUCAACUGGCAACCUAUAUAAAGGACACAGAAGAAGGAAGCUUGCCAUCUUUGCCUGCUUGCUCUCACUAGCUAGUCUAUCCCCUCACUGGCAUUAGAGCUUACUUAGAGGUUCUGGCAUGUACCACCUGAGACAUCCUGCCUCACGAACUGAAAAACUACUGGAUUCGUAGACCUUCCAUCUUCCAUUGAUAAACAGCCAUUGUACUACCUGAACUACAGCCUGUAAGUCAUUCUAAUUAGCAUGUGUGUAUGUAUGUUUAUAUAUACACAUGAGAAGAGAAAUUCAUACUAUCAGACCCACUACACUAGGGUACCUUGAAUAAUAUCUGCUUAAUUAAGCAUCAUUUGUUUGUUUUUUUAUUUUUGAGACAGGGUUUUUCUGGGUAGGACUGGCUGUCUUACAAUUCACUCUAUAGACCAGGCUGACCUCAAACUCAGGGAUCCACCUGCCUCUGCCUCCUAAGUUCUGGGAUUAAAAGUGUGAGGCACCUGGCAAUUAACUAUCUUUUAUGUCGUGAUCUCGACCAGUACUAGCAGAUCAUUGUACAGGGGGCAGGAUAUCUUCAGGAAUCAUUGGAGGCCCAGAGGUCUAGAAGUCUGUAGUGAAUCCAGGGUCACAUGAGAAUAUCCUCUGGCUUUACAUUACCAUCGUCCCUAAAGGACCAGUUACGGGAGAAGUUCAUCACCGUUAAGCAACAAAACACUGGCAAUGCCAGGGCAUGUGUUUGAUACUCACUUUCAAAUUCCAUUACAUACAUACAUACAUACAUACAUACAUACAUAGAUAUCCAGGUCAACAAAAAAAAGGAAAGCAACGGACUAGCAAUAUGGCUCAGCUGGUAAAGGGGCCUGCCACCAAACUUGAUGACCUGAUUUUAAUCCCUAGGACAAAUACAGUGGGAAGAGAACUGAUUCUUGCAAGUUGUCCACUGACAUCCGCAUGUGUGCCAUGGUGUGCAGUCACACAAAAUAAAACUAGAAUUCUUCGGAGUUGAAGAGAUGGCUCCAUGGUUAAGAAUUCUUGCUGCUCUUGUAGAGGACCCAGUUUGAUUUGUGGCAUCCACAUUUGACGGCUCAAAAACCACUUGUAACUCCAGCUCCAAGGGAUCUAGCACCUUCUUCUGGACUCUUGGCACCUGCACUCAUAUAUACCCACAGGCACACAUAAUGUUUUUCAUCCCCAGGUCAUACACACCCCACAAUGUUCUUUAUAACAUUUGAAAACAUUCUAGAGCUGAGGGUGUGGCACAGUGGGUGAGCAUGCGCAUUGCAUAUAUGAAGCCCUGGGUUCAACUCCAGCAUACACACCAGAUCCAUUGGGAUUUAUCCUAUAGAGCAGGUGUAAAUAUGCCCUCUUGGGUGAAUACCUCACCUUUCUCUGAAACAAAUAGGACUUAGAGACAGGACCAGAGGGUACAUUGCAUGUUAUAAGGUCAAAUGUGUAGAAAAAGGGCCACUAGGAGGCAUAUAUCAGACAUAGUGCUGUUUUAAUCAUUUUUGAAAUGGGACUUAAGUUGGCCCAAAAUGUGUGUUUGCUGGUAAAUUACUCCACAUUAUUGCCUAUCAGGUAUGAAACAAAUGAUUGGACUAGAAAGCAAAACUCAAGAAUCUCUUUUUCUGGAUCCCUAACAGUAAUAUGAGCUAAGCGCAGCAAUGGAGGGCUAUAGGAAACUUUGGGCCAGAAGGUGCAGCCUACGGCUUUGGAAAUACGUUUUGGCUAUAUAUUGUAUAUAAUGAGCAAUUACAAAUUACUGGCAGAAAACAGCCAUUUUGUUAUUUGAUGACCUGUGGGUAAAUUUGGAGACCAUACAGAUGGUUCCUGACCAUUGGUUUCUGGGAUCAACAAGGACGACAAAGAAUUGUAAGUGGAACACCUGGAGCCGUUUUAAUACAGGUCGGAUGUAUAUGAACA